UUGUGCGCAGUCCUUAAACCCUACAAAUAUGGUGUGUCACUGUUGAAGAAUAGUCGCUUCCCCCUCUCCAUUCUGAAAAACCUCUAAAUACACCCAAAAAUGGAGCCGGAGAAUGGCCUUGGUGACGAAGAAGGGAAUCAGAAAACGAUUUUCGUCGACACCAGCCUCGACACUCAUCUAGCUACUAUCGUGUCUGAUUCCGACACUGUUUCCGAUCUUAAAGGGAAAAUUAUGUUAGAACAUCGUGAGUGCUUUCCUGCCAUUGGAGAUAUUAAAAUCCAUUGUUUGAAGGUAAAACGUAGAGGAAACUAUUAUCACUUAUCAGACUCUAUGCUUGUUAAGAGUGCAUUUAAAGAUAGUCAAAAGAACUGGUUUCUCUCAGUAGAUGCUUCUCACUUAGAGCAAUGUGAUGGCAUUCAACAAAAACCAGGGGAUCAACUAGCCUUGCCUUGGGUAAAAGAGGGUUGUUCGAUUGAUACACAUGAUAGUCAAACUCAAGCAGAGGGACCUUCAAAGCUGUCUCUCAUCCAUGGAUCACCAUCAAAGCAUCCCAAGAUUUUUGUACCCUUUGUGAAUCAGAAACUCCCUACUUCUGAUGGUUCCUGUAAAAAAGCUUCAAAGAACAUCGAGGAAGAUAGGUCAUCUAAUCUUGAACCAAGUUUAGAGCAGCAGUUGGAUCCUAAAGUAACAGAGAAGUUAUAUACUGUUGUUGAUAAGGAGAUAAAAUCCAAGAAAAGGAUACGUGAAGUGCAUAAUGAGGAAGCUUCUGUGAUGAAAAGACGUAAGACUCAGAGGACAGAAGGGGAUGCAAAAGCUCUAGAAGAGAAUAGAGUUGUAACAAAUGAUUCUGACAAGGUAAAGAACAUGGGAACAAGCAUAAACGAUGAGAACUCCAUUGAAUAUAAAUCAAAAAGUAAAGAUGCAGCUUUGGAUGGUGUUGUAAACAAAGCUAUGAAUGAUAAACAUACAAGAACCACAUCGGUGAGUCAGAAGAAGCCAAAAAGAACUAGAAAAGGUAAAAUCUCUGCUCAUGAUCAAGUAGCCAUUGUUGCCCCUUUGAGUGUAGAAGAUGUUGGAGAGGCGACACAUCCUGAAAAGAACACAGAAGCAAGUGAAGUUAUUCCUGAUGCUCCAAUGGUUAUGGAAAAGAAUAUUCAACAAGAUAUGAUUUUCCAGUCAAAAAGUAAAGAUGCAGAUUUGGAUGGUGUUGUAAACAAAGCUAUGAAUAAUGAACAUACAAGAACCACAUCUGUCAAUCAAAAGAAGCCAAAAAGAGCUAGAAAAGGUAAAACCUCUGCUAAUGAUCAAGUAGCGAUUGUUGUCCCUUUGAGUGUAGAAGCUGUUGAAGAGGAGACACAUCAGAAAAAUACAGAAGCAAGUGAAGUUCUUCCUGAUGUUCCAAUGGUUGUGGAACAGAAUAAUCAAUCAAAAAGUAAAGAUGCAGCUUUAGAUGAUGUAGUAACCAAAGCUAUGAAUGAUGAACAUACAAGAACCACAUCAGUCAGUCAGAAGAAACCAAAAAGAACUAGAAAAGGUAAAAUUUCUGCUCUAAAAGUUGCCAUUGUUGCCCCUUUGAGUGUAGAAAAUGUUGGAGAGGAGACACAUCAUCAGAAAAACACAGAAGCAAGUGAAGUUAUUCAUGAUGUUGCAAUGGCUGUGGAAAAGAAUAUUCAGCAAGAGACUUCUCAGAAGGAGAAAUGCAAUGAACUUGUUGAAGAGGCUGAUAUUGGGAAUGAAAUACCUUCAUCAUCAAUGAAAGGAGUAACUGUUGAAGAUGACCAUGCUGAUGAUCUUGUUGCUGACAUUUCUUCAACUGUUCCUACUCCAGUCUUUGAUGAGAAAACCAUUGAUGAACAAAACAAUGAUAAGGCUAACAUAAUUAGUGAUGAAAAGAGUGAAGUUUCAGAGAAAACAUCAAUGGAUGAUUCUCUUAAAGUUGAUGAUCAGAUUGUGAAAGAGGUGAAGAUUGCAGAAGCAACUGAAACAAUGCAAAAAGAAAAAUCAAGAAAGGAAAUCAGAAUCAAGAAAAAAGAUGUUGGGAAAUCUUCAAAAAAGGAUGAAGUUAUUCCUUCUGAAAGGAAAGAAACAGCAAUAGAUGCUUUGCAUGUUGAUAAAGAUGCUGAAAUUUCAAAAACUAGUCAACUGAAUGCAGAGAUUUCAGAAAAGCAAAAUGAGAAAAUGGAUGAUGCACAGACUAUCAAAAGGAAAAGGAAAAAGAGAAACAAGAAAUCAGGUGCUGAAAUUCCUCAAGAGACCUCGAAGAAUGUGACUGUAUCUCAAGCUCCCAAGGGCAAUAAUGUAAAUUCUGAUGUUGGUAUCCCAAAGGAAGGAUCUCAUGAAAUCGACUUCAUGGACUACUUUUCACCUAAUAAAACUACUCCUCUUGACAAUGUUGAAAAUGGGAAAGACACUAAAUUGUCUGUGAAGGAGAAGAAACCAAAAAGGAAAUCAAAAGAACAAAAUGGUAAUGCGAACAAAGUCUCGUCCUCAAAGAAGAUUCCAGAAGCUUCUACAGAUGGAGGUGUGGCAAAAGACCAAAAUGCCCCUAAUGUUACUAAAGUAAAAACCCAACAAAAAGAUGAUGGUACGAUUCAAUCUCUUUCAAGAAAUGAAAACAACAAAGCCUUGUCCUCAAAGAAGAUUCCAGAAGCUUCUACAGAUGGAGGUGUGGCAAAAGACCAAAAUGCCCCUAAUGUUACUAAAGCAAAAACCCAAAAAACGACAACAAAGAUUAAGAAACCACAACCAUUUAGUGAAUCAGACUCAAGCUCAGAAUCAGAAUCAUUUGGCAGGUCUUUGAAAAGUCAAAAAAAGAAUACAAAACAGCAACCAACUACUCAAGUUAAAAACUUGAAGAAAAAUGUGCCAGGUGUCAAGAGUGUGUUGAGUACACCUGGAACAAUAUUUGGGGAUAACAGUGAUGAUAGUUCUGCUGAUGAUAAUGCAAUCAUAAAUUCAGAUUCCAGCACACGAACUCCAUCAAGAAAUCCAUCAUCAUCAGGGGAAAGUGAUUCCAGCAUUGACUCCAGAAGAUAUGAAGUGAAAAGAAAUGAAGGUGGUGGAAACAACAACAUGAACUCACAGAGCAGGCUGAAGAACAUAUCAAUGGCUGAGCUUUUGAAAAGUUCAAGUAGAUACAAGAAAGCCAGAGUCACUGCUGCAUCACAGUCACAGGUCAAUGAUACAGAAAGCGAGCCUGUUGACUUUGUUCCAGAAAGUCAACCCGUGGCUAAGAGAUAAAUUUAGGGGCAUUUUUGUCUCAAGUUUUGGUUAGGAAGGAAGGCUACUUUUAUAAUUGAACAACUUUUUAGGUGUGGUUUUUACUUCCUAUUUCUCUUGGACAUAGGUUUAAUUUUGAUUUGUUUUUGGUUACUGUCUAUUAAUAUUUACGAGGAUGAGGACGGGGGCAUUUAUGUCUUUUGCAAAUACCAGGGAUCAAGGGUGAGUCCUUGUUUGACCAUUUUGAGUGGG